AUGGCCGCCCAAUCUCACAGUGACGACGAGUUUGGCUACGACUUCACAACGGACGACGAGCUGUCGCUUCUAGCUUUGGAUCAGAUCGAUGCCGUCCCCGUCAAGGGUCACGAUGCGCCUCUGGUCACACAGGGCGUGGACAGCCUCCCUACACCCGUGUCGCUCCAGGAAGAGGUUACAUACCCAAACUUAGCCAGUGCCCUCGAGCGCGUCGAGUCGGCCUCGAAAGACCUCCCCACUGCGUCCACCUUCUUCCACAAGACGGCUGCUCCCGAACCUGGCGACGAGCGAUCCCCCCUGCAAAAGUUCCGCUGUUUCCCACGAAAGCCGCUCUCUGUGAGCGACCUGACGAGUGGCGCAUGGUGUGAACUGCAAUAUGAGUACACCUUGACAAGACUCCCAUUCGGAAGACGCACAAGGACAGCGGCCAUGAAAAAGGGUAGCAAAGUGCACCGGAAGCUCGAAGAUGAGGUGCACACGGCCGUCAAAGUGGAGAUUCUGACUAAAGAGGACGGAUUCGCCCUCAAGCUGUGGAACUUUGUGCAAGGAUUGCGAACACUGCGAGAGACCGGCUUGACACGGGAGCUGGAGGUCUGGGGCAUGGUCGACGAGAACAAGCUCGUCAGCGGCGUGAUUGACAGCAUCUCCUAUGAUCACCCCGACCCCGCUUUCGAAGAGGAGCUGUCAAGUCAAGAAUCCCAACUACUGCCCUCGCAGAGGAAAGUAUUGGAUUACUUCCCGAGCAGGACAAGCGGGGACCACAAGAAGAUGUAUCUUGCGGAUGUGAAAACGAGAGGUUCUCUGCAACCGGUCUCGAACGCGCAACUUCGUCCCGCAAAGAUUCAGUUGUCGCUAUACCAUCGGUUUCUAUCACAGAUUGCCUCUGGCAAGUUGGACUUCUUCCAAGUGUUUCGGCGAUUCGGGUUGGACCCGGACGACCAAUUCACGGACACCUUUCUCGCGCAGAUUGGAAGUCUGCACGACGAAGUGUUCGUAGACGCUUCGAGCGUGUCGAUACCAGAGCUUUCUGAUCCAUCCCACGGAACCAGAGCCGGAGAUUUUGGGGAGGCACCGCAGUCGGAACCUGAUCUGGUCAAGUACAACUCCUUGCGAGAGCUCCUGUCUUUAGUGGAAGAAGAGGUCCGCACCACGUUCCCUCAGGGGGCAGAGUCACUGGGAACCAUGCUGCGCGUACAGUAUCUCCAUCGUGACGACGGGCGGCAGCUCGACGUGCACGAUUUCCCAUUGUCAAACUAUGCAUUGGAUGAAUAUUUGGCAAAGUACAUGCAGUGGUGGCAUGGUGAGCGGAAAGCGAGAGGCGUUACCAUCGAAGAAGCAUUCAAGUGCAAGAUGUGCGAGUUUGCCGAGGGAUGCGAUUGGCGUCAAGGCUUGAAUGACGAGCUUGUUCAGAGGGCGCGGGCGCGUGGAACGACCAAGAACAGAGUGAGGAGAGAGACUUGA